UCUCAUUGGUUGGCGGUAAGAGCCAAUGAGACGUACCUGCUUGUAGGUAGAUCUUUGAACGCUUCGUAUGAUUUUCGCGGGACCCAUCUUGGUGUGUGGUGCUUUUAUGAAUUCAUCGUCGCAAGGUACACUAUGGAUAAUGUUGAACGGACUCGUGGUGUGGCAGGCUUGUGUGAAGUGUGUGGAACAAAUUUUAAUACAAGAAAAAGCUUGUACCGACAUAUGAGGAUGAAGCAUCGCAAGAAUAUUUAUGUACAGCCUAGGAAAGAAAUAUGUAAUAUCUGCGACAAGUUGGUAACAGACGUAAACAAACACAUGAAGAGACACAAUUUCGCGUCUGGAAAGAUGACAUGUACCGAGUGCAAUACAUUUAGAUGCUCUCGGAGGCAAGAACUGAUACACCAUUUGGAGUGUGUUCACCAACAGAAAAUGGAGUGCAAGGAAAUGACAUUUAAUUCUGUGGAAGAGUUCUUUCUGUGGAAGGAACAGAUGGAAGCUGAAGAGAAGGUUUCCUUCAUAAGACCAAGGGGAAAACAGAAAUGUGAUUAUUUUGUUUGCCACCGUUCUGGAUAUGUUGACAAAACAGCUUCAGGCAGAAGGUUAAGGGAACCUUCAAUCAAAAUUGGCGGCACGUGCCCUGCCUGUUUGGUAGUAAAAAAUGUGUCAUCUAACAUGGUUAAUGUCAAGUUCUACAGGACACACACAGGACACAGUCUCUCUGUGGGUAGCCUACAUCUGACCACAGCUGACAGGGCAAUGGUUGCUGAAUUAAUUGCACAAGGUGUUCCUGAUACUACAAUUUUGAAGAAAGUGAGAGAGAGCAUUCAAGUUGGACUCUUCAGAAGAGUUCAUCUUUUAAGCAAACAAGAUAUUAGAAAUAUUAGGAAAGAAUACAAGCUGGACGAUAGUAGUGCACACCAAGAUGAUGCAACCAGUGUUGAUCUGUGGGUGAGACAACAAGAGCGCCUAGGGAAAGAUUCCCCGGUGAUUUAUUACAAAGCCCAAGGCACUGAGGAUAAUGGAAACAAAUUAUCAGAAAGUGACUUUAUGAUAGUCCUUAUGACUGAGUAUCAGCAGAAAAUGGCAAAAAAAUUCUGUGCGGAAAAAGUUUUGAUAGACAGCACACAUGGCACUAAUAAGUAUAAAUUUUAUCUGACCACACUGUUGACCGUGGAUGAAUUGGUGCUGGAUGUCCAGUUUCUUAUUGCCUCAGUAUUCAUGUCUGAUGACUGUGACUGCUACUACAGUGCCUGGAGUGUAGUUAUGGGCCAUAGUGAACAUAGGUUGUUAUGUACCUGGCACGUUGAUCGGGCAUGGAGACGGAAUAUAUGUGCAAAAGUAAAUGGGAAUGCAAUGCUGAAGAGUACUGUAUACAAAGCUCUGAAAACUUUGCACUUACAGACAGAUAGAGAGAAAUUCUCAGAGCUGCUGGAUGGCUUUCUUACUUGGUGUGCAGAGGAGGAAGGAACUGAGGAGUUUGGCAAGUACUUUAAAGAUAGAUAUUCAUGGAGGGCACAUAUGUGGGCAUACAGCUACAGAAUUGGACUUGGCCUUAAUACAAAUAUGUUCUUAGAAGCAAACCAUAAAACUCUUAAAUACUCAUACUUACUGAAGAAAAUAAAUAACAGAGUAGAUAAAUGUAUCCAGGCCCUGUUGCACAGAACGAGGGACUCACUUUUUCAAAGAUUAAUAAGGCUUUGUAAGGGGACAGAGAGAACUACACGCAGUGCUGAAAUAAGUAAGAGUCACAGAAGAGGUUGUGGUAUCAAUAAGGAACUGAUACACUGUGUUGAAGAUGGCACAUGGCAUGUAUACACCGUUUCUGAUCGGCCCCCAUAUACUGUCACCUAUACAGAGAACUCUUGCACUGCAUGCCCAUUGUCCUGUACUGAGUGCAAGAUCUGUGUGCACAGUUGUGUGUGUUCUUGCACAGACAAUUUGAUCAAGGGUAACCUCUGUGAACACAUUCAUGCAGUGGAAAUCAGUAAAGGAACUGUAAAGCUCCCUAUGCAAGACAGGUUCUGCAGAGAGUCAUCUGUGCAGGAGUUAACACAAAUAGUUGCUCAGCAGACUUCAGGUGCUGGCAGCACUGUUGACUACAGAGCUGCUUUGGAAGACAGGCUGACUAUUGUGCAACAAUUAGCAAGAAGUGCUAACAGUGAAACUGCUGGCUCUCUCCUUGUGUCAUUUGAUAAAUUAAUUAAAGAAAUGAGGGCAGGCAUUGCAUCGCAAAAAGAACUCGUUGGUCCACAUUUUCCAGUAACUUCAGCUCCACCAAAUGAGACAUGCAGGAUUCAGAGACAGUUCCAACCAGUAAGGAAGACAUGUGAAAAGAAGGAACAUUCAUUUGCAACACCAUCCUGUGCAGAAAUUGAGACGAUUAUACAAGACCUCUUGGGAAGUGGAAACAGUAGCUGA